AUGACGGGUGCAAGGCUGAGGCAAAGUUUCAAAUAUCCGAGUGAUGGCGAGGGCUCAAAUGAUUCACACGAUGAGAUGGAUGAAGAAGAGCAAGAAACCCUUAUCACAAACCUCCGCAGCAGCGAGACGGCCACAAACGUCCAGUACACUGUAUUCUUCACCGCCCUGCCCAUCAUCACUAUCCUCGUAUUCAUAUACUUCCUGUUUCUCUCGACCAAGAAGUCCGUGACGCUGGCAUGCCUACUCAGCAUUACAUCGCUCCUCGCCACGGCGUACAUCAUGUACAUGAUCCCAACAGGCGCUGCAUUAUUCACCAACCCGGUCAGACCGAGGCUGGACCUCAGCGCCGUCGCGCUGCGAAGGAGAGGCCGUCAGAUCGAUUUGCCGGACUUCUUCGGCGGAGCUGAUAGUCCACUGACUCAGUAUCUCCCGUAUCUAAAUACUUUCCUCUCCGUGUUGCUGGCGCUCCUGGCACUCGGGUUUCGGGGCAAGUCGGGUGUGCCAGACGGGAUUUGGGCGUUCUUUCUGCUGCCCGGCAUGGUUUUCGCUAUUGUCCUUGUUGUCAGGGCCAGUAUCAACGAUAUUCAGAAGGGUUUGACGGAGCUGCAGGGGAUGAGAUAUGACUACAAAGGCGCUUGA